AUGAGUUCAAUCAGUGAUCAUAAUCCAAUUCAUGCCAUGAAAGUGCCCAUAAUUGACCUCUCCCACCUAAGCCGCCAAGAUUUUUAUGAAAAAUCUUUGGUCAUCAAGGAGAUUCAUGAAGCUUGUCAAAACUCCGGCGUUUUUCAUGUUAUUAAUCAUGGAAUACCCAAGUCAGUCAUCGAUGAAGCCUUAGAAGUGAACCAAAAGUUCUUUGACUUGCCCGGUAUUAUGAAGGAGGAGAUUUUGGAGCUUGGUUCUAGGGACCCUUUCAGCCCAGUAAAGUUAGCUAGGUUUCAACACAGUGCCCUUGGCAGUGACCUACUCCAGAGAGAUGUGCUGAGGCUUCAAGCCUAUCCUUUUGAGGAUUUUGUUGAUUUAUGGCCUAAGCAUCCGGCUGAUUACAGGGAAAAGAUGGGGAGGUACACAGCUGAAAUAAAGAAACUGGCCAUUCAAGUUUUUGUAGCCAUCAUGGAAAGCCUAAACUUGGAUGCAACAUACCUCAAAGAAAAUUUCGAGAAAGGGAUGCAACUUGUUGCUACAAACAGCUAUCCAUCAAAGUCAAUAUCGGACAUAAAAAUAGGUACGCCCCCACAUACCGAUUUCGGCAUCAUCACCAUUCUGGUGCAAACUGCUCCAGGUCUUCAAGUCAUGGACAGCCUCGAUGGAACAUGGAAAGAUGCUCCCAAACUUGAAGGUUCCCUUCAAGUCUUUGUUGGAGAUCUUCUGCAGGUGUUAAGCAAUGGAAUGUACAAGAGUGUAAUGCAUCAGGUCAUUGUACCCAGCACCAACAAAACUAGGAUGUCUAUUGCCAGUUUCCAUAGUUUUGAAUUUGAUGAGAGAGUUGAGCCUGCUAAAAAAUUGGUUGACGAAGAAGGGGUGAAAAGCAUGGGUUCAUCUACUGAUUAUAAUAUGCUAGUGCCCAUAAUCGACCUCUCCCUACUGCAAAAAGAUCAUCAAACUAGGUCACUUGUCAUCAAUCAAAUCCGUGAAUCUUGCAGAACUGCUGGUAUCUUCGCUGUUAUAAAUCAUGGCAUACCUGAGACCAUUGCAGAAGAAGCUUUGACCGUGAACAAAAACUUCUUUAACUUGCCCCUGAAGAUCAAGGAGGAAUUCUUUUCUCCUGACAUGUAUAAACCGGUUAAAUAUGGUACAAAUCAAGGCGGAGCUCACGGCAUCUUGUGGGAAUAUUUGAAGCUGUAUUCCCAUCCUUUUGAAAAAUUGGUGGAUCUAUGGCCUAAAAGUCCACCUGAUUACAGGGAAAUAAUGGGAAACUGCACAAUGGAGAUGAGGAAAUUAUCAAUUCAGAUAUGUGGAGCUAUGAUGGAAAGCUUGGAUUUGGAGGCAACAUAUUUGAAAGCAGAAAUUGAAAAAGGCGUGCAAAUGGUUGCGAUAAAUAGCUAUUCACCAAUUUCUGGAUCAAACAUGAAGAUAAUAGGUGCAUCCCAACAUUCAGAUUUUAGCGUCAUCACUCUUCUUCUGCAGAGUUCUUUAGGUCUUCAAGUCAUGGACAAAAAUGAUAAGAAGUGGAAAUCUGUUCCUGUGAUUAAAGGGGCUUUACUAGUCCUUGUUGGAGAUCUUUGGGAGGUAUUGAGCAAUGGUGAAUACAAAGCCGUCUUGCAUCGAGCAAUCCGAACUUCUGGGAAUGAAACUAGACUUUCUAUAGCCAGUUUCCAGAGUUUGGAAAUGGAUGAGAUCCUUGAGCCUGCUAUGAAACUUGUGAACGAAGACCAUCCUGAACAAUAUAGGGGCUGCUGCUUAAGAGAUUAUCUCAAGCAUCGUGCUUCUGGAGAAUCAAAGCCCUUCGUUGAAACAGUUAAGAUCAUCAAUUCUGCAACAAUACAAUGA